CAUAGUCCCGUUUACUAUUCCUGCGGGACAGAAAGAGGUCUGACUCCAGAGCUGCUGCUUUCUGGACAAAGCGUACUGCUCUCCAUUUUGGCAAUGUUCUAAUCAUGUCAGAUAAAGAUGACACUGAGACUCCAGUGCUAACUGAAACUGUCCCCGAUGGAAACUGUGAGCCGGCCAAGAAUUCUGAGUGUGUUGACCAAAAUGCCAAGCCAGGGAGUAAAUCAGAACCUGUAGGUUCCACUCGGAAAAGACCAGAGGCCAAACCUUCCAGUGACCUUGAGACUUCAAAAGUUCUCCCUGUUCAGGAGACUACAUCCAAAGAUGUACCCCAGACGGGAUGGGGCUAUUGGGGCAGCUGGGGCAAGUCCUUACUCUCCUCAGCCUCAGCUACAGUGGCCACAGUAGGGCAAGGUAUUUCAACUGUCAUUGAGAAGGCAGAGACUUCCCUUGGAAUCCCUAGCCCCAGUGAAAUUUCAACUGAAAAGUAUGCCCCAGGAGAGACAAAUGCCAAAGAGAAUGAAAACUCUUCCCCAGUGGCUGGGCCAUUUGGUGUAUUCUCGACCAUCUCUACUGCAGUUCAGAGCACAGGAAAGAGUGUUAUCAGUGGAGGUUUGGAUGCCCUGGAGUUCAUUGGGAAAAAGACAAUGGAUGUAAUAGCAGAAGGGGAUCCUGGAUUUAAAAGAACCAAGGGUCUGAUGAACCGAAAUUCUACACUGUCUCAGGUUUUACGAGAGGCGAAGGAGAAAGAAGCGGUAAGGACCGCCAGUGAGGUUACCAUGGAAACAGACAAGAAAACUCAUUAUGGGCUACUCUUUGAUGAAUUUCAAGGCCUUUCACAUCUAGAAGCUCUGGAGAUGCUUUCCCGAGAAAGUGAAAUAAAGGUGAAAUCUGUCCUUAAUUCUCUGAGUGGAGAAGAAUUAGAGACUCUAAAACUUGAAUUACAGCAACUCAAAGAAACAUUUUCCCUAGCAGAGUUUUGUGAUGAAGAGGAAGAAGAGAAAAAAGGGGAUGAAGAUUUUACCAAAGAGAUAACAGAGCUGUUUUCCCAGCUGCAUGUCUCCUCCAAACCAGAGAAACUUGCCAAGGCAAGAAAUACUGCCCACGAAUGGAUCAGAAAAUCUCUGACUAAGCCAUUAGCAGAGAAAGGAGAAGAAAAACAGUCGGAAGCAGAAAAUAAUGAACGAGUCAAUGAAAAUUCAGUAGAGGAUAUCCAUGCAUUUGCAAUCCGGAGCCUAGCAGAACUGACUGCCUGCUCAAUUGAAUUGUUCCACAAAACAGCAGCCUUGUUGCUACAUGGCAGGAAGCAGGAAGUGAUGGCCAUAGAAAGGAGCCAAACUCUUUCUCAGAUGACAGUUAUGUUGUGUAAAGAGUUAUCCUUUCUGUCUAAAGAGUUCACCACCUGUCUAACAACAGCUGGGGUCAAAGAAAAGGCAGAUAUCCUUAACCCAUUAAUCACUGCAGUAUUUCUAGAGGCAUCAAAUAGUGCCUCCUACAUCCAGGAUGCCUUUCAGUUACUCUUACCUGUACUACAGAUCUCUCUCAUUGAGAACAAAAUGGAAUCAUCUAGACAUGAGCAGCAGAGCCAGAGGCCUUUGUCUGAAGAGUGAAGAAUAGAGAGAAUCCACUUGGGACUUGUGAUAGUCAAGAAGUGCUACUUUCUUCUGGGUACCUACAGAAAUAAAGGCAUAGAGUUAUUUCAGUAUAUAAAGGUUUAGGAAGGAGAGCGGGUUUAAAGAGAAGGUUUAUUGCCUUCACCACUUGGGUGAAGUAUUCAGGCCCUCUCACUAUUAUUCUCAGUUGUUUUAAUUAAUAAAUUAUUGGAAAAGAAACUUUUGUACAAAGUCCAAUAAUGGCUGUAGAUAAAGAUUAGUGGGACACUCAGGCAAAAAUGUUGGUCUUACCUUGAACUGUUACAAACCACUAACAGUUUAGUUAUGGAUUUAAUAGCCCAUGGAUAUAAUUAGAUGUUGAGCAAGGAGACAAUUUACUAUUCCAGAAUUCAUGACAUGCUUGGUCUAUUAAUGUCAUAUACUUCUUUUGAGAAUAAAAUUUAUGGCUUUAAGAAAACUGGGCAUAUAUAAACUCUGUAAUGAUUUCAUUUAUCACAUGAAUUCUUGAAAACGGGUAGAAGGUUUCUUCUGCUCUUUAAAUCUCAGUAGAUAUUUGGAAUUGAGAAGAAACUUGAUCCUUGUAGCCACAUAAAUUAACUAUAGCAAAGUGCCCUGUAGCUUCAGAUUUCUCCCUCACCCCGGGAUAACAAGUUUCAAAUUGUAGCUGACCCUCUCAGCUGGAUCCAAGACCAUGAAGUGCAAUUUAGGAAAAUGGUGUCAUGAUUUGCCGAUAUUCUGAAUCUCUCAAGGAUGUUUUUCAUGCCUACUCUAUCUUCAGGAUACAUUUCUUAAAACAGCCAACUCCAAAGGAGUGUUGAAGCUCUUUUUAGUAAUGGGAUGUUUGUUAUUUGAGUAUUGUUGAAGUGGACUGUACACUCCUAAGGAAAUGAUGUUCAUUUAUAACAAGAUUUAACCUCUAAGAUACAAUGCAUUUUUUCCUUAUACUUUUAUGUUUGUUUUUAUGUAUUCUUUGGUAUGUUUUAAAAUACAACUUUUAUC